AUGGCAAACUACCUUCACAAGUACACGAAGAGCUACGCUGGUCUGAUCCAGCCACUCUCGUCACUCCUGAAGGCAGGCAUAACGUGGGAGCGGAAGCCAGAGCACAAAGCUGCGUUCAACUCGGUGACGAAGGGGCUGUCAUAUGCCCCGAUACUGAUACUCCCAGACAGUUCGAAGCUAUUCCACGUCGUAUGCAACGCAAACGACUUCGCCAUCGGCUGUGCGCAGAUCCAGUUCGGCGGUGAAGGCCAUGAGCGCGAAUCGGCUGGGUGCUCCCUUGAAGUUUAG